AUGCAAUCGGUAAAAGACAGCUCUUCUUAAUUACUAUAAGUUCCGAUCUAAAAUUUCAGCAGAGAGUUGCAGUUUUACUCUGAAAUUUAAUAGAAUCAUCUGGGAACGAUAUAACACUACAAUCAAUAGAAUGACUUUUCGAUAUAGGACUUUGUUCAACGUGUGAACGAUAGUGUCUACCUCUUCUAUAUGCAGAUAUGCAGUUGAGAGCAAUGCGGAGUUGAGUUUGCCACUGAAUUCUGCAGGUGAAUUGCGUUCAAUAACACAGGCGGAAUCCUUUCUCUCAUGCCAGCGAACUGGUUUUUUGACGUCAUCGGUGGCGGUUCAUUGUGAAAAUAAAAACAAAAGAUUUGCUUGGCGAGAUUCUUCACGGCGGCGGAUAGGAGGGAAUAUUUUCACGAGGCUUUGUUCUCGCUUAACAGAUUGUUAAGCAAGUGUUAAUGAUACUUUUGAGCAUUUAUCAUAAUCUGAUAAAAACAAUGGAGAAAUAUCCGAACUUUGAUGUUAGAGAUGCUAUAGAUGUAUUUAAUCAACAUAUAUUGAUAAUUGCUUUCCCGCUUUGGAAAAUAAUGAUACACCUCUUAUUAGAAAAAGGGCAAACAUGACUUUAAAUUUUGAUAUAGAUACGAAUGACAAAACAGGUUUAGUAUCUCCUCAAAGUGCAUGGAGAAAAUGUUUAGACAGGAUACCUGCACGCUAUGUUCUAGCUGUGCUUGGAUUUUUUGGAUGUUGCAAUGUAGCAGCCUUGAGAGUGAAUCUAAGUGUGGCAAUGGUAUCAAUGAUAAAUGAUACUGCUGCCUAUGGUAAACAUGCCUCUCAUGAAUGUAGUGGCCCUUCACAUUCAAAUAGUACUGAAAUUGUAAAGGAAGGUGAAUUUAAUUGGACACCUGAUGUGCAAUCUAAUAUUGUGGGAGGUUUUUUCUAUGGCUAUGUAUUAAUGCAGAUUCCUGGUGGUAGAUUAGCUGAAAGAUUUGGUGGAAAAUGGCUUGUCGGGUUAGGCAUAUUUUGCACUUCAGUACUUACAAUGCUUACUCCUGUUGCCGCUAGAUGGGAUAUUAAAGCUCUGAUUGCAUUAAGAGUCUUUGAAGGACUUUGUGAAGGUGUUGUACUUCCUGCUUUACAUUGCAUGCUUGGUACCUGGUUACCAAAAUAUGAAAGAAGUAUUUUCACUACCAUAAUUUAUAGUGGAACACAAAUAGGCACUGUUAUUGCAAUGCCUAUUUCUGGAGAGCUUUGUUACUCUGAUCGAUUUGGAGGCUGGCCUUCUGUUUUCUAUGUUUUCGGAGCUCUCGGUUGUUUUUGGUUUAUUUUUUGGGCUUUGUUUAUCCAUGAAAUGCCUGAGAAACAUCCACAUAUAUCAAAAGCAGAACUCAUAUUAAUUCAAACAGGCAAAGAAACAAGUAGAAAUGAGGCUCUACCAAUACCAUGGAAAUCUAUCCUCACAUCUGUGCCUGUUUGGAUUCUUAUGAUUACACAUUUUGGACAAAACUGGGGAUUUUAUAUAUUUUUAACUGAACUUCCAUCAUACCUAAGUUCUAUUUUGCAUUUCAAUAUUGAAAGUAAUGGCUUUUUAUCUGCUGUGCCACAUUUAAUGUAUGCAAUAGUUGGUUGGAUUGUAAGCUAUAUGGCAGAUAAUAUCAGAAAGAAAGAUAAAUAUUCAAUAAAUACAAUACGGAAAGUUUGUAAUGGUAUUGGAUUUUUUGGCCCAGCUAUUUGUUUAGUUGGUGUUAUUUUAGUUGGAUGUGAUUAUGUUUGGAGUGUUGUUUUCCUUACUCUUGCCUUGGGAUUCAAUGGAUGUACUUAUUCUGGUUUCAUGGUUACACAUGUUGACAUGUCUCCACAUUUUGCUGGGACAUUAAUGGGAUUGUCUAAUGGUUUAGCUACUACUGCUGGAUUCAUUGGACCUAAAGUUAUCGGAUUAUUAACAGAAAACAAUGAAACAUUAAAUCAAUGGAGAAUAAUUUUCAUGAUUGCAGUAGCUGUUUAUAUAGUUACUGGACUUCUGUUUGUUUUAUUUGGUUCUGCUAAAUCACAGAAAUGGGGAUUAAAUAUAGAACCAGAGUUAUCUGUAACAGAAAAGGAAGACAAAAUAAAUGAUGUAGAUUUAAAAUAAACAGAAGCUAUGUCAACUGUAUGUAUUUAAAUGCAUAUCAUUUAUAUGUAAUAUUUUUAAAUAAUUUGAUAUUAUUGAUAGUUUUACACCAUAAAUUAUUUACUUCAACAAGUUCAUGUUCUCAAGAUGUGUUUCAACUUGUGUGAAAAAACAAUAGCAACAAUUACCAUGCAUAUAUUUUAAAUCAGUUGCAUCAUACUUUUAUCAUUUUAUUUUUAUUAUCAUAAUUGUGUAAUUUUAGAAUAUAGUUACUUUUUAUAUAUAAAAGUAAUUGUUAAAAGAUGCACAAAUUUAAUGCUGUAUUUUUCCAAACUUAUUACAGUAAUAUAAGUAGUCUGUUAUACAUGUUAUUAAUGAUUUGAUUUUGGCAAUUCAUUAUAUGCAAGUAAUAAAUCCUUUACAUCUUUCAAAAUACUAUGGCUUUUACUACCUCAGUUCAAAUUACUUCUCUAUUAGACUCCUUAUAAUAGCUCCUAAUACAUGGUUGCUUCCUCAUUUUCUCCUAAUAGUUGUAAAAAGUUCAGCUGCAAAUUAGAUUGAUAGUUCAUUGUUGAUACAUGCAGCAUUUACAAAAUCAUUACCAGUCAGAUUUAAAGUUAAUAAUUAAAUACUUAUUGAAACUAUGAUGGAAGACUUUUAAUGCUUUUUUGGAAACAAUGUAAUUGCCCUUCACUUUAUUACCUAGCAAAGUACAUGCAAUCUGAAAUACUUUAGUAAGUAGUUUCUAAUUGCUGAACUACAAAUUAUUUAUUCUGGAGAAUGUAAUGUUAAUAUUGAGUUAUUCAUCAAAAUAGACAUUCAUUUUUUUAAAUUUGAUUGUUUUUAUUAUUUUUAGUCUAUUUUAUUCAAGUAAAAAAUAUAGUAUUAAAUUUUCUUUUUUGUAAAUUUGUUUACAAGUCAGGCUGUGGUGCAUUUCGAUAUUUUGUGGUUCUAAGCAAUGUGUACAAGUUUUCCUUUUCAACAAAUUGGUCUAUUUAUUUUACAUAUCAGCAUGUUAAUGAUUUAUUUUAUUAACUUUGUGAAAAUCUUUUAUAUUAAUAAUGACUUUUAUCUGUACUGUAUUCAUAUUUUAUGCACAAUUAUAUUUAAGUAGAUACUUAAGUUAUUAACAUUGUUAGUGAACACCAAGUGAAUAAAAUGAAACGAAUAGGAUAAUAUUAAGUCAGAAUUUGUCUUUUCAUCGAUUUAUUUGGUAACCAUGCUAAUAUAAUUCAUCUGAAUACAGCUGCCUAGUUGAUAACCUGUUAUUAAAUUAUGCAACUAAUAAGAUAUAUUUUUAUAUACUGUUAUAAAUAAUCUAAUUCAACAUGAUUUUGUUGAAGCUACAGUGCUUCAUAUUUAGCAAGGCGUUUUAUAUAAUUAUUACCAAUAUAUCGAAAUGUUAAUAAUUGUCAAAAUUCAUUUUGCUAAUUGGCAGCUUUGUUUUUAUGGAUUAUGAAAUGCUUCUUAUUUCACAUCAAUUCAAAAAAAAU